AUGUCGAAGAGUUGGACAGAAUUGGACGGUUUAAUUGAUAAGGAAGUCAAACAUGCCAUAAAGUUAUUAAAUUUCCCCACAAUGACGCCUGUUCAGGCCUUCACAAUACCAUUGAUGUUGAAGAAAAAAGAUGUAGCAGCAGAAGCGGUCACUGGAUCGGGAAAGACUCUGGCGUUUUUGAUACCUAUUUUGCAAAUACUGAAGACUCGAGAAAUUGAAGAGAAGUGGGAUAAACAUCAAAUCGGAGCACUAGUAAUUUCUCCUACGAGAGAACUUGCUUUACAAACUAGAGAUGUUUUGAAUACGUUGCUGGUCCAUGUAAAAAACUUGAGGCAAAUACUCUUAGUUGGCGGUAAUAGUGUGGAAGAAGACGUAAACAAUUUUAGACAAAAUGGUGGUAAUAUAGUGAUUUGUACACCAGGAAGAUUAGAAGAUUUGUUAACCAGAAAAUACGAUUUAAAUCUUGCUAAAUCAUUAAAAAGUUUGGAAGUUCUAAUAUUAGACGAGGCUGAUAGGUUGUUAGAUUUGGGUUUCCAAAAAACUUUAGAUACUAUUUUAAGUUAUUUACCGAGACAAAGGAGAACUGGUUUAUUUUCCGCUACACAAACCAAAGAAGUGGAAAAUUUAAUUAGAGCCGGUUUAAGAAACCCUGUUCUGGUCAGCGUAACCGAGAAAACAACCCAAAGUACCCCUGAUUUGCUAACAAACUACUACACAAUAACAAAAAAUAAUGGAACACUCUCAUCUUUAAUAUCGUUUAUACAAGAAAAUCGAGUGAGGAAAGCUCUCCUGUUUCUACCUACGUGUGCUGUAGUCGAUUACUGGUCACACAUCUUCCCUCAUAUAAUUCCAGAAGAAUUAGAUUUACCCGUGCUGGCCAUACAUGGAAAAAUGAAGGAGAAAAGGACGAAAAUCCUGGAGACGUUUAGAACAACCGAGAAAGCUUUGCUAUUAUGCACAGAUGUUUUAGCUCGAGGAAUCGAUAUUCCUUAUGUAGAUUGGGUGCUUCAAUGGGGUCCCCCCGGUAACGCCAGCGCCUUUGUACAUAGAGUGGGUAGAACUGCAAGACAAGGAAAUGAGGGCUGCGCUCUUCUGUUGUUGUUAGAGAACGAGGAAACGUAUGUAUCUUUCAUCGAAAACAAUCAAAGAGUCAAAUUAGAGCAUAAAGAAGAUUUAGCUACUGAUGAAAAGAUCGUAUCGAUUAGGGAUAGAAUCAGAAGCGUUUUAAAAUCAGACAGAGCUUUAAUGGAGAAAUCUGUGCAAGCUUACGUUUCACAUAUUCAAGCUUACUCGAAACAUGAAUGUUCUAUUUUAUUGAAAGUGAAGGAAUUGCCAUUAGGCGCUGUAGCAGCUACAUAUGGUUUACUUCAACUCCCCAAAAUGCCGGAGUUAAAGAAUAGAGUAACCACCGAUUUUCCGGAAAUACCUGGUUUCGAUAUAAAUACGGUUACUUAUAAAGAUAAAAUUAGGGAAAAACUGAGACUGGAAAAAUUGGAACAUUACAAAAUAACGGGCAAGUGGCCGGGACGUAAACAAAUAUUUAAAAAACCAACUGAAUCUUGGUCUGUAACUAAAGAGAAGAAAGAAGAACGUAAAAUGAAACGAAGAAAACGCAAAGAGAAAAAGGCGAAAUUGGCUGCACAAGGAGAAGUAAAGAAAAAAAAGCGUAAACGUAUAAGUGAGGAAGAUUUGGAAGAAUUGAAAAAAGAUGUAGCGAUGUUGAAAAAAUUGAAGAAAAAGAAAAUAACUGACGAAGAAUAUGAAAAGGAAAUAGGCUUGGUAUAA